AUGCCAAAGUAUCCUUCCGUCGAACCGAGCAACUCGGACUUCCCACAACAGCCGGCGCUCGAGUCGCUGGUGGAAGACGAGCUCAAAGGCGGUCUUGCACCCUGGCGCACCAACGCCAUCAAUGAUCCAUCCAAUCUCGCUAAGGGUGCUGGCGAUCUCGCGGCCGACGCGUCUCCGCUCGUUUUUGGAGGAGGCGUCUUUGGCGUAGACAUGUACAAUACUUCGGAAACGCUCGCCUCCGACCUACCCCUUCGCACCGUCCGCCUAGCCCUGCGAUACGGCAUCAACGCCUUCGACACCUCGCCGUACUACUUUCCAUCCGAGUUCACGCUCGGCAACAUCCUCCGACGGUUGGAACCCGAGUUCCCGCGAGAGUCGUACUACAUCAUCACCAAGUGCGGAAGGUACGGACCGGAUAAAGGGGACUUUGAUUACAGCGCGGCGAAGAUCGACAGCAGUGUGAGGGGCAGCUGCAGGAGGCUGGGCACGAAUUAUUUGGAUGUGGCUCUUACGCACGAUGCCGAGUUCGUGUGCGACCAGGUGGGAAGAAGUCACGAUGCGGGGUGGGAGAGUGGGAUCGUUUCGGGGCUCGUCGAGCCGUCUCGGGUUGGCGUGAACCAGACAAGGGAGCAAGUCAUCGAGUCGCUGGGUCUGGCGCCUGGGCUGGAAGCAGCCUCCAAGGUGCACGGAAAGGGAGACGAGCAGUUCCUCGAAGCUGUGAGGACACUGUUCAAGCUCAAGGACGAAGGCGUCAUCAAGCGGGUAGGCAUCUCGGGAUACCCUCUUCCCGUUUUGCUGCGACUGUCUCGACUGGUGGCCACCAGCGCACCUUAUCGCUCGCUCGACGUGGUGCUCAACUACUCGAACCACUGCCUUCACUCAUCCGUUCUAGAGGGCUGGAAGGACCUCUUCGCCGCCGAUCCUCGUGGUGGCGCCGAUGCCGCCUCUCUCAAGGACCUCGCCUGGAAAGCACCGCUGCUGAUGAAUGGUAGCCCCUUCUCCAUGGGCCUCCUUACAGACGGCACGCCUCCCUCCUGGCACCCGGCCAGCGCCGCCCUCCAAGCAGCCACAAAGGAAGCAAGCCAGACCCUCCUCGCCCAAGGAAGCUCGCUCACCAUGACAGCCCUCACCUACGGCUUCCGCGGCUCCGAACUGCCCCAUCCUUCAGGCCAAGGUCCGCAGCUGAGAACGCUGGUCGGGUUGAGCAACCCAGAUCACGUCCACAGUACCAUCGAGGCGUAUCGCAUCCUGGCGGCUGGCGCAACAGAGGCUGGAAAGGUGCUCUAUCCGCUGAAGGAGGAUAGGGAGGCAAAACUCGAGGCGUACAAGAAGCAGACGAGGAGCGAGCAGGUCGCUCGGGAUCUGUUUGCUCAGAGGGGCGUUCGGGAGUGGAGCUGGUCGAGCGGUCUCUAG